UGGUGCGCAACUAUAGAAACUUUACGCAAUGGUGUUUAGCGUCUGCGUGAAUAAUGGUGUUAUGGUGGUGCUUGCGAAAGAAAAGCGCCACGACCAACAUUAGCCGCGCACGUGGCUGAGCUUGAGAAUAAUUGGUGUAAUUUAUAAAUAAACGAUUUAUAAUUGAUAAAAAGUUGUUGGUGCCUUGCUCACCGUUACAAAACCAAACUAAUAUAAGGAGAGGUGAUACACCCUUCUACCGGGAUCGCAAGAUUUGAAUAAAUUAUAAUUUGUUUUCUUUCUCGUGACAUUCACCGGAACCAUGAAGAAUUUAGAGAUUCUUCAUCAGGUCUAUAGAUAUCACGAUUUCAUAAAAAACGCCAUAGAAAGCGCAUCGACUGAUCGUUCCAAGUCCACGAGCACCGAACGAAAUCAAACCAACGCCGUGAAAGACGAAAAUGGUCUCUCGGAUAUACAAUGGACCAUUGUUAAUCCAGGUCACGGUAAUCUGUACGAUUUGGAAGUUGCCAUUGUGAUUAACGACAGACUGUAUCAGGUCUCUCUAGCCAAACAAGAUAACGUAAAGUAUUCGCUUCUUCCUAAAUAUUCUGAGAAUUUGAAAAUUGUUGGGAUGGACUAUUCCGUUACAUAUAAACAAUUAUAUUUGGCGUAUGAGAGUGGUCAGAUUCUUAGUGUAAUUCUGAAAAAAGGAUUUGCACCCGAAGAAAGAGAUAUGAUAAACUUUUGCAUGUAUGAUUUAGUAAUGAAAUUUGACACCAAGCUACACUGCAUGAAGCUUAGUCCGGAUCAGGAGAUUUGCGUAGUUGUGACUGAUGAAGGAAAUGUGAUUACCAUGUUAAAUUUUGAAACGAAAUUAUCAGAGGUAAACUUACAUUCGUCAGAUUUUGGUGAGAAGCAAUUUAUCACCGUUGGUUGGGGCAAGAAAGAAACUCAGUUUCGUGGUGGUUCGCGAGGUAAAAUGACAAAAAGAGAACCAAGACCAGACAGAGAUGGAAAUGUAUCAGACGACGGUCGUGCUCGAAUAACUUGGCGCGGAGACGGCGCCUUGUUUGCCGUUAGUUUUGUACACGCGACAACAAACUUGCGACAGUUUAAAGUAUUUAACUUCGAAGGUAUUUUACAAUAUACCAGCGAACCGAAUGACGAAUUAGAAGAAUGUUUGGCAUGGAAACCAUCAGGUGAUUUCAUUGCUACGACAUGUGCUGAAACAUCUCGCAGUUGGGGCUAUCCGGACCAUGUUAUUACAUGUUAUGAGAAAAAUGGUCUUAAACAUAACUACGAUGAUAGUCCAUCCGUUAAUAUAAAACCGAUAGGCGAAGCUGAUUUUUGGUGUAUUGAAAAAAUAGAUUCUAAGGUGACGGAUAUAUUUUGGUCGCCGGAUUCAGAGAUCUUAACAAUUAUUUAUAAACACGUCGAGACGGGCCAAAUAGAUCUACAGUUGUGGACCGAAAACAAUUGCACGUGGUAUCUCAAACAGGUCAUGGUUUUCUACAAAAUUGAUCCACUUAUACGCGCAACGUGGAACGUUCGAACUUGCAACAGAGGUUACAAAAAGGAAUUGAUUCUUCUAACAUUGCACGGACUUACGUAUUGUCGCUUCGUUUGGCGUGUGAAUCACAACAGUUGCAAAACUACAAACGACAACGCGGUAAUAGGCGUUAUUCGAGAACGGAAGAUGUUGCUUACGGAUUUCAAACACGUAAUCGCGCCACCCCCAAUGGGACAAACGUGUCUUAUGUUUAUAAGAUAUCCAAUAAACGCGGUUGUUUUUGCACCAAAUUAUAGCGCACAAGUAGACAGCAAUGAUAAAAGAACAUCUUGGAUGUGUAGUAGCGCAUAUUGCACGGUAUCGUGCUUCAAUUUAUUGGGUUUUUUCAAGAGAAAAGCGCCGACAUCCCAAUUUGAAUAUGAAGCCUCAAGCAAACAUGGUAUUACGUGUGACAUACCGGAUAUAAGAAAUUGUAUCUUUUUUGGCCGCCUGCAUCAUUUCUUAUGGGUUACUGAAAACAGUAUGUUGUGUGUCGCAACCGAAGAUUCAUGUUCGUACUUGUGCGAAAUCAUUUUGCAUAAAAUAGAUACCAAAGACGGUUGUGUGAUGAUAAGACACGCUCAUAAGCUCGACUUUGACGUAACCCAUUUAGUGCCUACUCAUGACGAAAACGUGAUUUAUUUGCUGGGAGUGAACUGCGCGCGUAUAAUCAGAAGGAACGAUUCAAGUUCCACGUCGUUAGACAGCGUAGAUUACUCCAAACCGUCGUAUUCAAUAGAACGGAUAAACGAAUCCGACGAAUUCGAGUUGAACGAUUGCGAGAACGAAGCGAAAUACUGUCAGGUGGAACAAAUAAAGAUCGAUUCGAGACACGUUCUCAUUGCUCUUUGCGAGAACAAUGUCUUUUACAUCGACCACAAAGUAGCUGCCAAGCACAUUACGAGUUUCUACGUUCAUUCCGCUUUUUUGCUUCUCACAACGGAAGAAUUGCUCAUCUGCGUUCCGUUGAGCGAAAACGGUUUGAAACAACUGACCGCGCACGACUUGAACGUCCCUUCUAACUACUAUGAAAAAAAAGGACGUGCCGUAUGUGAAACCAAGUUCAGCGAAGAUAUCUACAUGAGACAAAUCGACAGAAAUUCUCACUUAGUUGGCGCGAUACCUCACACCUCAAAAGUCAUUUUACAAGCCCCCAGAGGAAAUCUCGAAUGCAUACGGCCGAGACCGAUGUCGUUGCACAUAAUAGGAUGCCAUCUCGACGAGUGCAAUUACCGAAAGGCUUUUGAAAUCAUGAGAUUGGAACGUAUUAACUUGAAUUUCAUAUACGAUUACAAUCCGCAAUUGUUCGUGGACAAUGCGAGAAAAUUUGUGAACGACAUUGCCGACAAACCGAAUUGGUUGACUCAGUUUUUGGCGGAUCUGCAAAAUGAAAAUGUCAUUAAAACGAUGUACGCGAAAUGUAUUUCCAAUUGUUCCGCGCGGUCGGUAAUAACGGAAGACAAUGAAGUUGAAAGUAACAAAGUUGAACGUGUUUGCGAAUUGUUGAGAAACAUUAUGGAGGAACAAGAUGCGAAUCGUCUGAUAGAACCUAUAUUGAUUAGUUUGGUGAAACAUCAAUACAAAGAGGGAUUGGAAAGAGCGCUUGAGAAAGUCAAGUCAAUCAAGUUGACGGAAGAUUCGCAAAAUCUUCCCAUAUCCGCGGACGACGCGCUCAGAUGCCUGUUGCAUUUGGUGAAUAUCGACGUAUUGUACAACAUCGCAUUGGGCAUGUACGAUUUCGAACUGACGAUGUUUGUAGCCAGCAAGUCGUCGAAAGAUCCCAAAGAGUACGUGCCGUUUUUAAACAGCUUGAAAAAUCUAAGCGACAAAAAUUACAUGAAGUAUUCCAUUGAUAUGCAUCUGAAACGUUACGAAUCGGCGCUCGAACACAUAUCCAAGGUGCCGAGUAAAUUUGACGAGUGCUCGAAUUUGAUACGCGAUCAGAAAUUAUACGAAAGCGCGAUGAAGAUGUUUGAGAAAAGUAGCGAAGAACACAAGAAAGUGGCUGCGCUUUACGCGGAGUAUCUCUCAACCGAGAGAAAACAUCAUCAAGCGGGUACGAUGUUUUACAGAAGUGGCGAUCUUCGCAAAGCUUUAGAAGCGUUCGGCAAGUCAGCCGCCAGCUGGCAAGAAGCUAUUAUGGUAUCGACAGAACUGAAAUUAAGUCCUACGGAUUUACAUGAAUUUUACGAAGAACUAGUUAAACAAUUGUACGCAGAGCGAAUGCAUUCUGACGCGGCUACGGUGUUGAAAGACUACCUGAAUGACACGGAAGAAGCCGUUGCGAUAUUGUGCGAGGGAAGAAUAUGGAAGCGUGCGAUAAGAAUAGCGCUCGAUAUCGAACGUCUAGAUUUAAUUGAAACACAUAUUAAGCCUGGUUUGAAGGAGCACGCGGAAGACGUGUUAUCGAACUUGAGUAAAAAGAAAGAACUGUUUCUUAAACUCAAGACCCGUUUAAUAUCAGUGAGAAAAGAAAUGAGGGAAAAGCAAAGGACGCCCGUUUAUAAAGACCAUCCGCUUGCGAACGAGUUUUUAAGCGAACAAAUCUACGAUGACAGAUCGCGCGAAGAAGUUCUGGAUGUUCUCAGCGACGCGAGUAGCGACACUACUUUUAGUCGAAGUUCGCAAAUAUCUUCGACUUCUGGGAGAAGCUCUCGAUCAAGAAAGAAAGCGAGAAAGCAUGCGAGAAAAAUUUUGCGUAUAAAAGAAGGCGGUAUGUUCGAAGAUGUAGGCUUAGUAUUCGAACUUCACAAAAUCAUCAGCGACAUCUAUAGAGACAGAGACGAAACAACCCAACUUGGGUAUUUAUUGACGCGUUUCGAAUUUGAUGUAGAAUCAGAGAACGUUCGAAAUAAAACAAAAGAAUUCUUUCAAGUGAUAAAGAGCAGCGUGCCCGAAAUCUGGGACAACUCUUCUACAAAUUUAGACAAACUGACAAACUUCAUGGAUAAGCUCUUGCUUCAAGAAAAUAUUGCGGAUUUCAAUCCACGUGAAUUAAGUAGUUGUAUAAAAUAUCCACCUGAAAUCGACUGGAAGUAUUACGAUUUAAAUUAGAUAUUUUUCAAAAUAGUUUAAAGAUCGUAAGAUCGUUUUUGUACCACGUUCUGUGUUAUAUAUAAAUGAGAAACUAUCGUUUUUAUAUAACAAUAAAAUGAGAAGAAAAACAGAAAAGAAUAAUACACAAAUAAAUUGGAGUAUGUGUGCAAUUGGAUAAUUUAUUUACAAAAUAUGUGUAUAGUUCUUAAAUCUCAUAUCUUGCCCCUUUUAGGAUGUUAUUAUAAUAAUUUUCAGCUACCAAGGCUAACAAUAUAAGUAUACUUAAAAGCUAUUUUGUAUUUUGUCCUACAUAUAAAUUUUUUUAAUCAAACACUGUUAUACUGUUAAAAUUUAGAAUAUUUAACUGAUAAUAUAAAAUUUUAUUAUUUUUUUUUCACCUACAAGAACAUAUACUUAUAUAGCAGUUAAUUUAUAUAUAUACAUAGUAUAGAAUAUAACACGUAAAGUACAUAUACUGUGACAUACACAAAAUACACGAGUAACAAUUUUUGAAUAUCUCUUUUUUUCGAUUGCCUAAGAAAUCUUGUAAGAAAUUUUUUUUUGCAUCAAGAAAAGUCGCGUUAUCGUUUAUAAAAUUUAUUAAUCACUUGUGACUUUUAUACUCAGAGUUCAUGUGUAAUUUAUCAAUAUCGAAAAAAAAACGGAUAUUUUUUCAAUAUCGUGUCCACUUGCAUGCUAGUUAAAAAUAGAGACUACAAUUGAAAUAAUACGAAUAUAUAAAAGCAUACACAUAAAAAGUGGAAUAUGUAUAUAAUAUAAUAUAUAUGUGUGGAUCUUUGGAUCGCCCAUGUAUUUUUUUUAUACGGUGACAUCAAAAGUGGAUAUUCUUGGUGUAGGACUCGUAUAUCAAAAAAAAAAAAAAAA